AAAUUAUUUUGUAAUUUCGUUUGCAUCCUUUUGUUUACACAAAAAUACCAACUAUGCAGUAGGUAUGUUGUAUUUACCACCAUUCGAAAGAAUACCUAAUUCUUAAUCCAUUGUGGGUAAACCUGACCUGUAUCUCACGUCUGAAGUGACGUGAUAUUAACAGAUUUAAAAGAAAGACCUUCACCUUUAUCCAUAUGGCUAUUAGGUAUUUAGCAUGAUUCGAACAAUUACCUAAUCGUGGCUAUAAAUAUUAUGGUUAUUCGUAAAAUCUUCAUAUUUCUACAACAGAUUUGUCAAAAUCAUAAAAUAUUAAAAAUGAAGCUCAUUAUUUUACUCAGUAUAGUCGCUCUGGCCGCGACAGCCCCAACCGAAGUCCAGCUCCUAUGGUCUGAGUACGUGAACGAUGGCUCUGGGAGUUUUUACUUGGCUUUCGAGCAGUCUGACGGUACCAAACAGGAAAGGCGAGGCUUGCUGAAGGACGAGGGUCGCGAAGGCAAAUUCCUGGCGGUGGCUGGCUCAUACGAGUGGGUGGGGCCCGACGGCGUGCGCUACGUCGUACGCUACACCGCCGACGACAACGGGUACCGAACGGUGGUCGAGCAAAUACAACCUAGACCACCAGGACAGCCAAGAGGCUCUGAACAACCCGUACAGCCAAGAUACCCAGGAAUAGGCCUGACACCCAUUCGAGGUUAUGACUAUAGUAAGCCCGCCCUCGUCUUCGCUAGCCUAGUGGCGGGGUAAUAGAUACAUAUCACAUUUUAUAUCGUUACAAAAUAAAAGCUGGUAUUAUUUAACUUUCUAAUGGUGAAUUUACACCCAGGGUGAUAAGUAUCAAGCGGGCAAUGAUCGUAAUAUGAGAACUGUGUGCAUGUCUGCUCAUUUAGAUAGGUAAUAUUAGUGUAGAGUCGCACUUCCAGAUUUAAGUAUGACGUCGCGUUGGUAAUAAACAUCAAAGUGUUCUUCAACUUGGAAAAUCAUAAUAAAAAUUUGCAUCAUUAGGUAUAGCUGGAUUGCACCAUCAUCUUUCUUGAACUUUAACAAACGUCAAAAUUCUGUCAAACUAGAUACAAGAAACACUAGUUAAGGUUAUAGUUACGGUUAAAGUACAACUCGGUACAAGUUUACAUUUUUAAAAAUACACUAUCCACUGUGUCUUCUGAUGAUUGAGAAAUAAUAAAGCAAUCCUUUGUUAUUAACAACAGACAUUAACGAGUUAUUUGACCUUGUAAAUUAUUGACAGCUAUUUUCCCCGUUUAAAUCUACUGGAUAAGAACUUGUUAGAUAUAAUUUGCAUUAACAAAAUAUUGGGCAUCUUGAGUAGUCUCUGAUAAGGACAUAUUAUGAGUAUUAUGACACCAUAGCAACUCAAUGACCAUUGUAAUAGAAACUGAUUGACAAACUUAAUUUAAUGAAAAUAUUAAUAAAAAUAAUUUGUGAACUAAUAAUAGUUCUACAUAAUUAUAAAGAUGUUUAUAAAAGUAUAUAAAAUAAAUAUCCGUAGAGCGGGUACAUGAUUGAUUGUUUGUUACCUAAACUUUCACAAUAAACUUUUAUGAGCUUUUCAUUACUUUUUAAUAUAACUGCUUAACAAAAAUAAAAAAUGGCAGGAUCAUGCAUGGGUGUGUCGAAUCUCGCUUGACUGCAACGAACUUAACUUGUUUUGUUGCGGAAGUUAUUGAAUCUAUUGAUUGUAGUUCGUCUGUUGACCUAUACUUUAGUAAGGCGUUUGACAGGGUGGAUCACAAAAUUUUAACUUCGAAACUUUACCACGGUGGAAUUAGUGGUUUGUAUUAAAGUACCGUCAGAAAUGGAAGCACAUCGCCAGGAGAGCUACCCUCGGAGAUAACAUCACGCCACCAUGUACCUCGUCAGCGCAACCACGACCACUCUGACAAGAGUGCCCGACUAAGAAGAAGAAGAGAUUAAAGUAGCUUGCUCAAUAAAAUUUGUCUGCAUCUUA